UCUCGUUCCCUCAGCAUCAUUCUGAUUCUGAGCUUGAUCUCCUCGGCUGGAAUCACACUAGAUGCAUCUCUGAACUGAAAAUCAGUCUCCUGGAUUUUCUGAGGAUUUUCUCUGCACCGGAUCUCAGGAAAGAUGCUGGAAACGGACUGUGAACGGAGAGGGAAUGAGAGCUGUUAAAUCAACAUGUUGAGAGGAGGACAAACCGGACAAUAGUGAUGAGGAGUUAAGAAGCGAACACCCGUCGCCCGUCAUUUCAGCAGCGCGCGUCGAAGCUCUUCAUGUCGUGAAUAUCUGACGACUCUCGUUUUUUGGACGGUCUCGGUGUUAUGUGGUGUAAUUGUGCGGUUAUGUAACUCUAAGUGCUUUCCGUGGUAGGAAACACAGAGUCUAUCGGUAUCGCUCAUGCUCCGGUGCAUGCCUGCACGAGAGACGCGCGCGCGCUCGCUCCCUCGCGCCGGUGCUCUGCAACGUGAAUCUGCACCGAAGCACGAUCGUCACCGGACCCGCGUCCCUCGCUCUCCGGUGAGAUGGCCGCGGCGCUCGCCAGCUCACUCAUCCGACAGAAACGGCAGGCGCGCGAGUCAAACAACGACCGAGCGGCGUCCGGUAAGCGCCGCUCCAGUCCCGGUAAAGAGCCCUCCAGCCGAGGCUCCCUGUGCGACCGGCACCUGUUCGGACUCUUCGGUAAAGUCCGGUUCUGCAGCGGGAAAAAACGACCCGUGCGCCGGAAACCAGAGCCUCAGCUGAAGGGGAUAGUGACCAGGCUCUUCAGCGAGCAGGGCUUCUACUUGCAGAUGCAGCCGGAUGGAACCGUCAACGGGACCAAAGACGAAAACAGCGACUACACUCUGUUUAACCUGAUCCCCGUGGGUUUGAGGGUCGUGGCCAUACAAGGCGUGAAGGCCGGAUUCUACGUGGCCAUGAACGGAGAGGGUUUCCUUUACUCUUCGGAAGCGUUCACAGCAGAGUGUAAGUUUAAGGAGAGUGUGUUUGAGAAUUAUUACGUGAUCUACUCGUCCACGAUGUACCGCCAGCACGAGAGCGGACGAGCCUGGUUCCUCGGACUCAAUAAAGAAGGAAUCAUCAUGAAGGGAAACCGGGUCAAGAAAACUAAACCGUGCUCACACUUUGUGCCCAGACCCAUUGAAGUGUGUAUGUACAAGGAGCCGUCGCUGCAUGAUCUUGAUGAGAAGCAGCGGUCCAGGAAAAACUCAGGAACUCCCACCAUGGGGACCAGGAAAGAGUUAAACCAGGACUCUACCAAUCAUGAAGGCUCAUAGCCACACACACACUGACCUGUAAAUGUACACACACACACACACACACAUACACAGACACACACACACGGUUAACCCCGGAGCUGAAUGCUUUCUUACACCUGAACAAACAACAGCAACUUCAGAAUCGACAAACAUCACCCGAAACAAAAGUAACAUAAAAAAAAAAAAAGAAAAAAAAAGUAUUUAAAAAAGCUGAAAUCUUGCCUGUGAAAAUAUUUUAGGAGUCUCUUAAAAUCAGGACAUGAUUUUACAUUUUAUGCAAAGUCUGGCAAGAGUCUGUUUGCAUCGCAGGGUGUUUUCUUUCGGGAGUCUGAGCUUUAAAGCCAUGUUCGAUGAUCACACGUGGAUUUAUGAAUGCCAAAAGCACUUUCACUCACCGCUGUACAUCGCUCACCUCAUUAAUAUCGAAUGUUCUCAUCGAUUGUGUCCCCCAAUCAUUGCUGUUUUUUUAUUCUGAGGGGGAGGGGCUUGUGAAUACUGCUCUCUGAUUGGCUGGAGGGUUCAGGAAUUGCUCUGACUGAAAUCUCGUUCCACUGAAUGAAUUGUCAUGCAGUCUCCACUUCUGUAGCAUUUAACUUUAAAUCCCCUCUUAUAAUGUUACAGUGUCUCUGAAACAGGCUUGCUACUGUACCUUUAAGACUUAAGUGUAUGUAAAUGAACUGUUAUGAUCGGUGAACAUCGGUAUACUGCUUAGGUUUACUGGGGCGGGCUGCUGAACGGGGGCUGGUGUGGAAAUGUGGGCGGUGAUAUGUUAAUGAGCUUAUGGUUGUGAUGUCAUAAUCAUGACGAUUUCUGACAAACAUCCACAACGAACUCUUUUAUUUGAAAAAGAGCGAGGGAAAAACUGUUUUGAGUGUGCUCAGAAUCAAGUGGAUGUCAGCAUCUGAGAUUUUGCUCUCAUUUUUAUCCUGCCAAAAGCACAGACUGCCCUCGGAGUAACUAAACUGGUCUACACCGCUUAAAACCAGAGGAAUUACUGCCCCGGCUUACCUUCCCUCAGUGUUUUUUAAUGCACUCCUUGUUAAACGCAUGCUGUGUUCAGAAUGGAGUCCUAGCGUACUGCUUCCUGCACAGUAUAUACUCAAUACAAAUAGUUUUUUAACAUUAGUAGAUGAAACGUUUGCAAUGCUCCAAUCAGUAGUGUACUACUUUUUUUAUGUUCUCACUGUGUUGCAUGUCUAAUUCAGAAAUAAAUACGUUUGUUUUGCAUGUUUAAUCCAACUUUGUGUGAGAUGUCUUUUUAAAUGAGGAGAAAAAGUGUAGGUGAUUUUUUUGCACUGUAAAUAGAUGGUUGAACGCAUUGCAUUGUGGGACUGUGUUGUACUUGAACAAGAUUGGCACUGUUAUUGAACUAGACUGAAUUAGCAUCACUAAAUAAUGACACUGUUGUCUACUGGAAUUCGUUUCGUAUGUGAUGCAUUUUGCAACAUUUUAGGUAUUUUUGCAUGCAUUUUAUUUUCUGUAGUCUUCAUCCUUUUCUAUCAAAAUGAAUGCAGAAAACACAGAAAAUCAAAUCGAAGAUCCGGUAUUUUUUACGACUCGGUGUGCAAAGACCUUAAGACUUAUCUUUUCUUGUUUAUUACUGUGAGUGAAGCUGCUUUGAAGCGAUCUGUAGUGUAGAAAUAAGCCGCUCAGCUUUAGGUAAAUGCCAUGCAUAAGAACAUACUGUGCACUGUAUGCAUACUAUAUACUGCAGAAAUAGUGAGUGUGCAAGGGAUGACAUUCUGGACACAGCCACGUUCCCUGAUAUAGCUCAGCACGUUUCUGAUUGGUCACUGGAGUCCUUCCCCUUUAAAUGUGAUCGACCUGUUCAUUGGUCACAUCCAUCGACGUAAAGGCCAAUCAGCUGUCGGCUGGGUUUAUGAGAAGUCUUCCAUAAGUGGAGCUGCACCAGCAUCAACCAGGGGGUCAAAGGUCAGAUGUUCUGAUUAUUGCCAUGCUGAAGUGACUUUAGGAAGAUCUUUUGCGUUUGCUGAUGUUUGCACCUUAAUCCUGAACACGUUCAUCAUGUAAAGAAGAGCAUUGAACCUGCCACAGGAGGAAAACAUCAUUUAAACAAUAAUAAGAAGAAUAAUGAUAAGAAUAAAAAAAGAUUAAAUCUGG